GCACAAGGUUUGAGGCUGUGGGUGGGGCCACAGGCAGAACAGGGGCGGGACCACAGGCAGAAGGUGUGGGGAAGGGGCCCCCUAUUUGCUUUGGCCCAGGGCCCCACAAAACCUUAAUCCACCUCUGUCUGUGUGGUGUCGGUCUGCCAUGCUGGAGCAUUGUGUUAAUGUCUAGGGGAGCUGAGUGUGUAGUGUUGUGAGGUGGUGCAUGAGGGGAAGUGAAUGAAUCAUUGGGGAUAAUGGGGGGUUGCGUUUGUCUAGGGGGAUUGUGUGUGGUUGCAUUGUGUUUUAUGUGGGGAGUCAUAUGGUGUUGCUGGGGGAUGGGUUGUGUGUGAGGUUUCACAAGUGGGGGGCUUUGUGAGGCAGGGUGUGUGUGUGUGUGAAUUUGAGUGUGGAAUGGGGGUUGCGUGUGUGGUGUCUGAGGGUUGGGACACACACGGGUCCUUCCCAGAGGAUCUCAGAAAGUAGAGUAGGGACUAAUAGUUUAGAGUGGGGGAAGGGCUGUGGUGGGAGCCAGGACUCUUGGAUUCUAUCCCCAGCUCUGGGAGGGGGGUGGGAAUCCCAAGUCUUGGGAAGGUUUAAAGAGACCCAGGUUUUUGAGACUGAAGCCUGAGGCCUGCUUGUGUAGAGGUGUGGGGGGCAGUGCGCCCUGCCAGGAUGCCCACCAGAAGCAUGGUUAGACGCCAGGAAAGAGAGCCACAGACACGCGCCUAGGCUUUUGGUUGGGAUAGAAUGUUUUCCUCUGUGCUUUGUUCCUGUGGUUCAGUAAUCAAUACCUGGGUUUGACGAAGGCUCUUUGGGGUGGCUGUAACCCACUAGUCACAGGCUCCCAGAGGGAAGAUCUGCCAGUGCUUGAACCCAGCAGGCCCGCGAUGGGCCCAGCUGUAGCCCAGCAGCCAGGCCAAGAGUAGGAGAAUCACAAGUUUCCUCCCCAAGAGAGGUGAAGGCCGUAGGCCGGAGACCUGAGGAGGGUGUGCUCAGCCAGAAAAGGGGUUUCCCACUGUUUCCUGUUUCCCACUCCCCACCCCCUGGAGCCCGCUGGUCUCCCUGGCCUGGGGCCAGAUCAGAGCCGGUUCUCUUGUGCCAUUCCCCACCCCCAUGAGCCAGCGAGUCCCCCUGGCCUGGGGCUGGAUCAGAGCCACCGCCCCGUAAUGGGGAUGGGGAAAGGUUUGUGUCCCAUUCCCCACCCCCCUGAACCAGCCAGUCUAUCUGCCGUAAGGCCAGAUCUGAGCUAGGGCCCCCUAUAGGGGAAAGGCCCCAUAUCCUAUCCCCAAGCCCCCCUGAGCUAGCCAGGCCUCCUGUUUUGGGACUGGAUUGGAGCUGGUGCCUCUUAGAGGGGAAAGGCCCCAUGUUCCAUUUCCUGCCCUGUGGCUGGAUCCAAGCUGACGUCCCCUGAAGAGGAAAGGACCCAUAUCCCAUUCCCAACCCCUCUGAGCUAGCCAGUCCCCCUCACCUGGGGCUGGAUAGAAGCCAGCGCCCCCUAGAGGUGAAAGGUGCUGUAUCCUAUUCCCAGGCCUCCUGAGCCAGCCAGUCUCCCACUCUGGGGCCAGACUGGAGCUAGCUAGCACCAUCUAGAUAGGAAAAACCCCAUGUCCCAUUCCCAGGCACCCUUGUGUAUCCCCAGGAUGGGUGGGGGGUGUCUAUAACUCAGAAUCCGACAGCCUGAGAAUCUGAGCUGUGUUUAUUUCCCUCCAAGGUGCCUCUCCCUCCCUCCCCUUUAUGGUGUCCAAUUAAAUCUUAAAACAACUCAGGCAAACACGCAGCAGCCUCUCAAGAGGAACUGGAGGCCCAUGUUCUCACGGGGCCCAGCUGGGACUGAUAAGCUGGGACCUUCCAGCCCCUGGGAAACUCCUGCCUGCGAUGUGUGUGACAGGACUCCCAACAACGAUGUCCUUCUCCGGCACCAAUCUCAAGCUGGAGCGGCUAGAGGAGCAGCAGUUGGAGGGCCCUGCCUACCAGCUAAGCCAACCUAGGGGCUGCGGUGACAUGGCGGGCCCUUACCCUGACAGUGCUCUCAUUUCCCAAUGGCUGCGCAGGAGUGUGAAGGCCAAGCUGGCAGAGGCCUGUGACUCGGGCGAGUCUUCCCAGGGAGACGGGGAGGUCCCGGCGAAGAGGAGUCUGGAUCCAGAAGGUUCCAAGGACUUUGCCUGGGCCAAGCGGGCCCGGGUAGAGAACAUUGUGUGCAGCAUCAGCAGCUCGUACCGUGAUGGGGGCCUGGAAGAAGGGGGCGCCGGGUACGGCCGCUCCCGCCGGGCCCAGGAGCGGAGCCAGCUCAAGCAGCAGCUGGAGAAGAUGCGUGAGCAAGUGUUCCAGCUGCAGGAGAAACUGUGCCAGAUCUACAGCGGGGUGGCCCGAGAGGAAGGAAGCAAUAUGGGGGCAGCCUGGUCCCAGGAGCCAGGCAGAGUUGGAGCCAGCACCCAGCAUCCUGGGGGAGGGAGUAGGCACCCUGGCACCCUGGCUGAGGCCCUGAAGGAGGAGCUUGGGGCAGCCAUGACCCAGGUGGUGGACACAGUCGUGCAGGUGUUUGCCCGCCAGCAACCCCCACCGGAGGAGCCCCCCUGCAGUUACCCAAGUGACCAGACAGAGGCACUGCCCCUAGUGGUGAGGAAGAGCCUGCCCCGUGCUCCCCCUGAGCUGGUGGCUGGCACCUUCCCCCAGCCCAUGGCUGUGCCCCCAUACCUGUCGGCCUUCAAGGACAGAGCAGCGGGAGAGGCCUACUGGGAGGGUGUGAGCCUGCGCACCAAGCUGUCCUCACGCCACCUGCUGCAGCCGCACUGUGCCCUCUUCCAGUUGGCAGGGACGACUGACCGCCAGCUCCCCAAGAGCCAGGCCACAGAGACGCACCAUGGCCUGGAGCCAGCCCUCUACAAGCCCUCAGAGGGCCUCACCCCUGGGCACUUGAAGAAGGCCAAGCUGAUGUUCUUCUACACUCGCUAUCCCAGCUCCGGGACACUCAAGACCUAUUUCUCUGAUGUCAAGUUCAAUCGCUGCAUCACAUCCCAGCUCAUCAAGUGGUUCAGCAACUUCCGGGAGUUCUUCUACAUCCAGAUGGAGAAGUUCUCACGCCAAGCAUUGAGUGAUGGCGUGCUCAGCGCUGAGACGCUGACUGUCACCCGGGACUCGGAGCUGGCACGUGUCCUCAACCAGCACUACAACAAAGCCAAUGACUACGAGAUCCCCAGAAAGUUCCUGGAGGUCUCCCAGAUCACCCUGCGUGAGUUCUUUAGUGCCAUCUCCCAGGGCUGUGAUGCUGACCCCUCCUGGAAGAAAUCCAUCUACAAGGUUAUCUGCAAACUGGAAUGCGACAUCCCUGAUGCCUUCAAAUCCCCCCACGGCCUGCCGGACACUGUGCAUGAGUGACUGGGGGAGGGGUGCUCCAGAGUUGGGGUCCUUGGCGGGGGGCAGGGGAGGAGGGCUCUGGUAAUUUAUUUCUGAUGUGAUCCACUAUGUCACUAAGUUGCUGGCUGAGGUAGGAGUGGCCUUGACACCACCCAUGUUUCAAAAUUUUCCUCCCCACACAUAUCAGAGGUGGUUUCAUUGGGAGAGUGUGGGGUGUGCAGGCCAGGGAGGGAUCCCAGCAGUGGGGGAGGCAGGCAGCAUGGGGAGCACAGGAAAUGAUGGGGGAGGGAUCCCAGCAGUAGGGGCGGGAGGCGGCAGCAUGGGAGGUACAGCAUGGUGGAAGCAGGCUUGUGGGAGCCCAGGCGGGGGAUGGGGAUGGAGAAGGGAUUCCAGCAAUUUGGGGGGGAGGUGGUGUGGGGAGUACAGGCUGUGGGUGGGGCCAGAAGAGAGAUCUCAGUAGUGUGGGGUGGGGCGUGGAGCCCGGGAGGGAUCCCAGCAGUGAGGUAGGCAGGUGGCAUUGGGAGCACAGACCAGGUGUGGGUGAAAGUUUCUUCUUGGGGUGGGAUCUACAGCUAGGAACAGUACCCACAUGGGGCCCAUCCACAGCCUAAGCAGCGGGCAGGGCCAGCUUUAGGAAGUGCGGGGCCCAGUUCGAACGGUUUCGACAGAGCCCCGGCAGGGAAGACAAAAUAAAAAACCAAAAACAC